UGACAACUUAAAAAAGAGAGGAAGGAAAGUGUCCAUUAAAAGAAUGUAAAGUAGUGUUAAAUUUUCCGGCCAACUUUCUCUUUGGAGACACCUACCAAAUCAAUGAGAAAACAAGAAGGAAAUAAGGAUCAAAUGAAGAAGCAGAAGAGUGGAAACGAGAUGGACAACACCAAUGGAGUUAUCAUAACUGUGUACGUAGAAUCAUCGCCACUGUCAAAAUCCAAUCCCGUCAAGAAACUCAAGGCAAACCCUGUUUCCAGAAACCCUAAAAGGGGUCGAUGUUAUGAUCGUCGGGCUCGGCUUUUAGCGUACACUCAAGAACUGAGAUCGGCCGAUAACGAAGACCAAAUUCAAUGGACUGAAACGUGUUCAAGGCACAAAUCGAAGGCAAAAUGGAAGUGUCCGAUCACUCCAAGAAGAAUAGGGAUUCGAUUUCUGGGGAUUUUUCGGAAGACAAAACCUGGAUGGAAGUAUCAACGUAUCCCAUCGGAGGAGAAUAAUGAACGUAAAGUAGAGGGGGGAAAAAGAUACUUGGGAGAAGAACUUUGGGUAAACACAAAAUUAUCUGCUUCCAUUACGCCCUCGGCCCAGGGGAUCCGCCUUAGUCCUACGGACCCCAGCAGGCGAGAAGGCCUAGAUCGAGCUGCUGGGGAAACUGCACGGAAAGCACGGUGCAUUUCAAAACCUCUGUCGUCGAAUAGGUCAUAA